GGCCGGGCGGGAGGCAUGGCGGGGCCCCCGGCCCUACCCCCGCCGGAGACGGCGGCGGCCGCCACCACGGCGGCCGCCGCUUCCUCGUCCGCCGCUUCCCCGCACUAUCAAGAGUGGAUUCUGGACACCAUCGACUCGCUGCGCUCGCGCAAGGCGCGGCCGGACCUGGAGCGCAUCUGCCGGAUGGUGCGGCGGCGGCACGGCCCGGAGCCGGAGCGCACGCGCGCCGAGCUCGAGAAACUGAUCCAGCAGCGCGCCGUGCUCCGGGUCAGCUACAAGGGGAGCAUCUCGUACCGCAACGCGGCGCGCGUCCAGCCGCCCCGGCGCGGAGCCACCCCGCCGGCUCCGCCGCGCGCCCCCCGCGGGGGCCCCGCCGCCGCCAGUGCCGCGCCGCCGCCCACGCCCGCCCCGCCGCCGCCGCCGCCGCCGCCACCACCGCCCGCGCCCGUCGCCGCCGCCCCGGCCCGGGCGCCCCGCGCGGCCACCGCCGCCACAGCGCCCCCCUCGCCCGGCCCCGCGCCGCCGCCGCCGCCACCUCCGCCGCCGCCGCCGGGGCCCCGCGCGCAACGGGCCGCGCCCCUGACCGCGCCGCCGCCCGCGCCCGCCGUUCCCCCGGCGGUGGCUCCUCCGGCCGGCCCGCGCCGCGCCCCCCCUCCUGCCGUCGCCGCCCGGGAGCCGCCGCUGCCUCCGCCGCCGUCACAGCCGCCGGCGCCGCCACAGCAGCAGCAGCCACAGCCGCCGCCGCCGCCGCAGCCACAGCCGCCGCCGCCGGAGGGGGGCGCGGCGCGGGCCGGCGGCCCGGCGCGGCCCGUGAGCCUGCGGGAAGUCGUGCGCUACCUCGGGGGUAGCGGCGGAGCCGGCGGCCGCCUCACCCGCGGCCGCGUGCAGGGUUUGCUGGAAGAGGAGGCGGCGGCGGCGCGAGGCCGCCUGGAGCGCACCCGCCUCGGAGCGCUUGCGCUGCCCCGCGGGGACAGGCCCGGACGGGCGCCUCCAGCCGCCAGCGCCCGCGCGUCGCGGAGCAAGAGAGGUGGAGAAGAGCGGGUGCCUGAGAAAGAAGAGGAAGAUGAUGACGAAGACGACGAAGAUGAUGAGGACGAUGUGUCAGAGGGCUCGGAAGUGCCUGAGAGUGACCGUCCUGCAGGUGCCCAGCACCACCAGCUUAAUGGCGAGAGGGGUCCUCAAAGUGCCAAGGAGAGGGUCAAAGAGUGGUCGCCCUGCGGACCUCACCAGGGCCAGGAUGAAGGGCGGGGGCCAGCGCCCGGCAGUGGCACCCGCCAGGUGUUCUCUUUGGCGGCCAUGAGUAAAGAAGGGGGUUCAGCCUCUGUUGCCGCUGGUCCCGAUUCUCCACGUCCUGUGCCUUUACCUCCAGGAAAACCAGCCCUACCUGGGACCGAUGGGACCCCCUUUGGCUGUCCCCCUGGGCGCAAAGAGAAGCCAGCUGACCCAGUGGAGUGGACCGUCAUGGACGUGGUGGAGUACUUCACUGAGGCGGGCUUCCCAGAGCAGGCCACUGCUUUCCAAGAACAGGAAAUCGAUGGCAAGUCUCUGUUGCUGAUGCAACGGACAGAUGUCCUGACAGGCCUGUCCAUCCGCCUGGGUCCAGCCCUGAAGAUAUACGAGCACCACAUUAAGGUGCUCCAGCAAGGCCACUUUGAGGAUGACGAUGCGGAUGGCUUUGUAGGCUGAGCGUCCAGCCUUGCCCCCUUUGCCCCCUGCCCAUCCCAGCCCCAGUCUGACCCAGGAUGUCUCCCCUAAGUCCAGGAGCUGGGGGUGGAAACACCCUCAACCCUCCUAAGAGACUCCAAGGAUUGGGGGGGCGCCCUUCCUGGCUCAUGUCUCCUCUUUGUCUCACAAUCCUGCCGCCCUUUAACACACCCCUUCUCCACAGGAGGAGUGGAAUAUGGGGUGGAACUUGACCUGCACAUUCACCCCACAAGGCCAGCCUUCCUCCCCAGGCCAGGACCCUUUUUUUUUUUUUUUGAAAAAUAAACAGGGGCGCUUCCUGUUGCCCCCAGACCCUCUUCAGUUCAGCCAGAUGUAUCUUAUAUAUAAAUGUUUUGUUCUGCCUGUUCAUCCUGGUGGGUGGUCUUGUCUCUCCACCAUCCACAUUCUCCCACCCAGCCCCUGGGGAACAGCUGGGGUUGGGGCGGGGGUCCCUGGGUCCUCCCCCCCCUUUCUUUCUGUCUGUCAAUCGUCGCUCCAGCUGGCUGUAUUGCUUUUUAAUAUUGCACCGAAGGUUUUUUAAAUAAAAUUUAAAAAAAAAAGGAA